GCCAAUGUCCAUCGUUCACACUUUGCUCCGAUUGCUGCUUUUAACAUCCCUCGGGUAUCACGAAACCAUCGAAUUUCUUCGCACUUCCUACUGUUAUAUCAUACUAACCGUCUUCGGCCGUGAAUUAUCCAUGUCCUAAGAAGGGUCGGCACUGGGUUCGCAUCAUGCAAUCCUGGACUGCCCUAUUGUGGUGCGUGUUAGUUGUAAUAUCCCUGACCGAAGGGCAAGAUGAACACCCAAAUGACAGCCUGAAGACAGCUAUCGAGGCAGUAUCGCGCCGCCAGCGAGAUCUGGAGGGUCCAAGACCCAACUAUUAUGCCAGUGGAGGACUGUCUCCGUACCGCUAUGCGGACAGGGAUACUGAACCGGUGGACGAGUUGGCCUUCCUAGCAGCUCCCCGGGACUUCACGGGUGAUGGACAGCCUGAGAACAUCGGCUAUGGCUACCAGAAAACCAUAGCUAGUCCUCCAGGGAUAUUCCCACCUCAGACUACACUUGUGAGCGAACAACCGCACUCUGCCAACAGCAAGGAGCUGAAGAAGCUUCUCCUGGAGUACCUGGAUGACGAAACGAAAGGUGGUCGAGAAGAUGGGGCCACUGAUGAGGUGGAUGAAAGUUACUAUCACCGCAGGGGAAAACUUGAAUCUAAGCAUUCUCCUUUCCGUGAGAGGACCGGGGAAGAGCACCAUGCUGUGGGCAGAUUGGAAACAAUGAGGAAAAGGGGAGAUGAACUUCAAAGUUUUGUACCUACUUCGUUUCGUGAAAGAGUUCACAACAAACUUGUCGACGAUGCAGAAGAUCGAAAACUAAAGAUUCUGUCAGGUGCACUAGUGAGGAAGUUCGAGGAAGAAGAGGAGGAGGAGGAGGAGAGAAGAGAUAGGGAAAGAAGUACAAUGAAGGAUGAAAAUAGUGAAGAAGAAUAUUUAGCCAUUCUACGUUCAGUGUGGGAUAAGUACCGUAAGAAUAAUCCAGAUAUGAUAGACAUUGAGGACAUUUCAGAAGGAGAUGUUGACGAGAUCCUAAAUUAUCUGGGAGACAACACCUACUUGGAUAAUGAGGAUGUGAAAGGCAUUAAAGAGGAGGCGAGAAAGAGACAGUAUAGUAGAGGAUAUGACUUCUUAACUCAUAACGCCCUUAUGGGAGGCUGGGGUGUAGGCGGGCACCAAUUCAAGAAGCGCUGGAACCAGAGGUUGGAUGGAGAUGAGAAUCAAAAGGGUAGCUUCCUGUACUCACUGAAAUUUGUGUCCCCAGCUGCUAAUCGUGAAGCCAUAGAGUCUCUGAAGGAUGAUGAUGGUCUGGAUCUACUCGAUGAACGCGAUGAGGACAUUCUGCGACCUUCAUCUCAGCUUAACAUCAGGGAACCUGAUCCUUGGUAUCAAGAAUUGGAGAGUGGAGAAGCUCCAGAAGAACUCUCCAGUAACUCCAAUGAAGAUGAGUACCAGAGAUUGGCUUUGGCCCAGCAGAGUGAUCAUCAAGCUGGACUGUCAAAAAAACGUCUUGUGUCUUUAGCACAACCCAAUUACAAUGUCAGAGGGAUAUUCCCUUUUACCGAAGUGUUCCCAGCACCAGAAAAAAAGUACUUGUAUGACACAGCCAUUAUGAAGAAGAGGUACCCAGUCACAAAACGGAGCUCCAACUUUUACACAAGUCCGCCACUGCUCCAUCAUAAGAAAUUUGCCUUGAUGGAUAACUCUGAGAAACGCAAAAAGAAAAAUGCUGUUGUCACUACUGACCCAAAAGUUGCACGUGAACUUGACCAGAUAUUCUCCUCUCCCACAGCCAGUGAUCAAUCGCAAUCUAAAGAACACCUGAAAGAGUCAGCGCAUAGUGAAAAGAGUUCCGACAAAAUUCUGGUUGACACUGAGCAUGUUGCUACAACACACACACCAGUCGUGACCAACAGCUCUACAGUUGCUGAGCUCAAACAGAACACCACAGAUCACCAUGAACAACAGCAUGGACCUGGUUCAGAGGAGAGGAUGAUAGAACAACCUGUGACAAUGAGCCGGGCUGAACCCCCUUUGGAUAUAAAAAAGAAAUCCAUAAACUGGUCAGAUUACUUUGGCAUUGAUCGACGUAGGAAGAAGACUGGACCUAAUGGGGACAGAAAUGAUUCUAAAGCAACAUCCAGUGACCAUCCUCUUGACAAUGAAUGGCUACUGAACCGAUAUUACAAAACAUUUGCCACGUUCACAAACCCCAGUAAGAAGCUCCCUACAACACACUCCCAUGAGCACAUACAGAGCAAGAAAGCUAUCCUAGAGCAGCCAUUUGACACUCGAGUGUUUGACACUGACAUUUUCACCAGGACUGCCCAGGGCGAAACUUCAAAGAAGAGCAACCAGCUUGAAAAUUCAGAGCAAAGUGAGGAAACAAGAAUUGAUAAUAUGGAUGCCAAACUACGUAAUAUUGAAGAAGUGAUCGUAAAUGAAGCAGUUAAAUACACUGGUGCACAUGAAGGCACAUCGGAUACAAAGGAAAUUCAAGAAGUGAAAGAUAAAGUGCUGGCUCACCUUGCUACUGCAUACAGUCUGGAGAAAAUGCGACAAGCUUUGAGGGAGUUUAAGUCAAGCCUACUAGCCCAGAAAAUGUCACGAUACAACCCUGAGAACAAACAUUUUAGUGGUCAAGAUGAGAAGAAGAAGCGAGUGGCUGUGAAAAAGGAAAAGGCAGAGAAGGAUGAUGACAAAAAGAAGAGGGACGAUGGCCAAACUGAAGAGUCAGAUGAAGAUGUGGGAAAGUUCCUAGAUGGACCAGUUGUGAUGCAACCCUUAUCCGAAGGCGAUAUGGGCAGACAUUUUGUAGAUAAUGUCAAUGAAGAAUGCCCAGUGCUGGAUGCAAUUCUCAACACAUGUCAAACUACAGAAAAUCUAGUUGGUGAUCGUGGGCAGUUGUUCCUUCCACUCUGCAGUCUACACCAGAUCUGCUACUUGUGUGGCCCAGAACUGGGAGCUCCGUCUCCAGCUGCAUGUGACCUCAUGUUCAUCACUGAGGCUGAUUUGAUUUGUCUUGGAGAUGCAGGCUGUCAGCAGGCAGCUCAGAGGAGCAUCGCUCUUCUAAGAAGAACCCAAGACCGUGAAGAGGAUUGGCAGUGCUGGAGGAGUCCGUGUAUUGCACACCACUUCCUUCACACCCCGCUCCCUGUCCCUAUACCUGUUGCUUCCUCACGGUAAACAUGUAACACUUUCCCUAUGUAAGCAUGACAUUAAUUGGCAAUGUUACUUAAUAAUUUCAUUUGAUGGCAACAAAGUUACAGGGCACUUCAUAUACAUGUUGUGAUGUAUGUUUUCAGAAUAUGGGAUACAGUGUUAAUAUCGAUCUAAGCACAAAUACAACAAAUUUAAAUGACAAUACACUUGGUAAUCUUUUGACUGAAUGAGAAAAUGUUGAGGAAAAGUAUUAAAAGUAGUUACCUACAAGAUAUUUAAAGAAUUUUCACCACCCUAGACAGCACCCUCCAUUUUUUUCAUUGCCCAGAAAAACCGUACUGAACAUAAAAUUAUCAUUUCAUUACAUAUAGAAUAUUACUGAAAAGCCUGACUCGGAUACAUAUACCAUAAGCUCUGAAUAGCUUAGAAUUGCAUAAAAUGCUAAAAUACUAUGUUGUAAGCAGUUAUAAAUUUAAAAAAUCUAACAGCAACAUUAUAAUUAGAUUGUAUCAGUGUUUCUUGUGAAAAUUAGAACUUCCACUAAUGCAUAACAAACUCCUAUUUAUCGUUCAGUGUUCAUUUUAGAAUCACCAUACACAUAAUUAGUUAUAUUCAGAGAUGAGCUUAGAAACAUAACACUUCAUCACUCUAGCAGAGUUCCAGGUUUUCCCCUAAAAAAUACUAUCACAUUUUGAAGGUUACAUCAGUUCAUAUCUAAAAGUCUUCACUAGAAGCAUUAUGUCACACAUUCAUAACUCAAGUCUCCCAAAAAUGGAAUAAAUUGUGCAAGUCUGUGAAAUCUGUGUGAAGAGUUAUCAUCAUCUAUUGCUACAGGUUAAAUUGAAAAUCACUAGAAUUCUGUUAAUCUCUAUUCAGUGUGGUUAGUACUCGUGUUAUAAUUGUAACAUGUUGCACUUGAAGUAUGUCACAGUUAAGGAAAUACUAGGAAAAAUGUGCUGAACAUCUCAUCAAAAGGUAAACAACUCUUAAUAUAAAUUAAAACUUAAGGAAGAGAGUAUAUUAAGUCACUUAGAAUAUUAGUACAUUCUGAAGAAUGCCAUAGAAUUGGAAACGCAAAAGAUCUAUACACUGCAUAAUAUAAAAAUGCCUAAUAUACCAACAGCAGAAUGAAUUUUUAAAAGUACUCCUUCAUACUUUGGUACAGAAUAUUCAAAUUCCUUUUACAGAACUUAGCUUGUAAUAAUGAACAGCAUUACUUGUGAACCAUUAAAAUAAAAGUUAUGCAACAUAAAAACUCAUUUUAAUGUGAAAAUAAUGCCUUGUUUUGCUAUAAAGAAUUCAGCUGAAGCAUAUUAGUCUAAUUUGAAAGGGAAUAAAAAUUAAAGUUAAGUUUCUGACUUUGAAUACUGAAUGAUAAAUGCGGGAGGGCAGGGCUUUGUGCCUUUUAUCUAAAUAUUGUUCAGGUGGAAGAUUUCCCACUUGUACAAUGUUAAAACUGAAGUAUCUUUUCGCCAUUUAAGCAUCAAAACAUAGGAUUGUCUAAAUUAUAAAUUCAUAAACAAGCUAACUAUAAUUGGGAUCAAACAUUAUAUACAUCAGUACCAUGUAUACACAAUGUUAAAUAUGAAUAUCUCUGGAGAAUACAAAAAAAUUGCUGAUGUUUACCUUUAAGCUUCACUGACUUCACUUCCAGUUGAAGAGGUUUUUCUAUAUUGGUACCAAGUUGAAGAAAUGAAUGUACAAAGCAAAAUAUGUAAAUGACUGUAGAGAAGCUAUGACAAUGUAAUAAAAUAUGUAUAAUUUUAUUUUAUGAAGCCUAA